UCCAGGGCCACUGUAACUUUGAAGGAUCACUAAAUGGACCGUUGUAAAUCGAGGACUACCUGUCAUUAAAUAAAUGAAAUGAAAUACUCCGGGAGUGGAAGCUGCCAAGUUCCAGCACUGCGGUGGUUGGAAGCUUCAACCCACUUCCCGGCGGCCUCCCGCUCUCCAAGGAGCCGAAGGGCUGCCCAGCCGAUCUGGAGCCUGCAGAGGGGCCGCCGCGAGAACCGGCGCGCUCCGGUGCCGAGCAUCUCAGCCGGGCGCGGAGCUCAGGAAGGGCGGCGGUCGCGGGCGGGGAGGGGGACGCCUCGGGCUCCGGAGGGCGGCGGAAGACAGGCGGCCGGCCUUCUGUCUCGGAGCCCGCGCGCCCGCCCAGCAGGGAGGCCCGGCCCCGUUUCUGGCCAGCUGCGCGCAGGCGGCCCGUGGCCGGAGCCGCGGUGGCGAGAGGAGGAGGAGGAGGAGGAGGAGGAGCGGGGCGGCGCUUGGCCGGGAGAAGGGCGGCGGCGGCGGCCCCUCGCAGGUGAGCGGCCAGCGGCUCCUCGGGGCAGGUGAGCAGCGGGGCCGGCGACGAGCCCCACGGAGGGCGCCGCCGGGGAGGCCAUCCGGCCCUCGGGGAGAAGGAAGGGGCGGCCGCCGGCCCUGGGCAGCGCAGCAGCCCCGCCGAGCCCCGAUGGCCUCCCGCCUUCUGCACCGGCUGCGGCACGCGCUGGCCGGGAGCGGGGAGGCGGAGGGGCCGGCCGGGGGCUGCGCCGGGGCCGAGGACUGUCCGGAGAGCUCGGAGCUGGACGACGACACGGAGGGCCUGGCCACGCGCCUCAGCGGCACCCUCAGCUUCAGCAGCCAUGAGGAGGAGGAGGAGGAGGAGGGAGCCCGGCUCGGGGCCGCCGGAGGGAAGCUGGGGGCUCUCUUGGAUCUCGACCUGCCCGGAGAUGCGGCGGAGAUCGGAGAGUCUGGCUCCCCCCUGGCCGAGCAACGGGGCAGCCACCUGCUCACCCGCCAGUUGCAGGAGUUCUGGCGGAAAUCGCGGGGAAGCUUUGUGCCCCAACGCCUCCUGUUCGAGGUCACCAGCGCCAGCGUGGUCAGCGAGCGCAACUCCAAGCACGUGCUCUACACCAUCUACCUGAUCCGGGCAGGGCAAUUUGACCACACGCCUGCCACCAUCGCCCGCUGCUACUCCGACUUCGAGCGGCUGAACCGACGCCUGCGCCGCCACUUCAGCAGAGACAUGGCGGGGGUCCCUUUCCCCCGGAAGCAGCUGUGGCACAACUUCACCCCUGCGACCAUCGCCAAGCGCAGCCGAGCGUUCGAACAGUUUCUCUCCCGCCUGCACGCCUCGCCCGAGAUCCGCCGCUCGGCCACCUUCCUGGAAUUCUUCUUCCUGGACAGCCUGCAGCGGGCGCAGGGCUUGACUGGCAGGGGUCUCUACCCCCAGGCCUUGACCGCCUGGAUGACCUCACAGCGGCUGCAGGAGAAACUGGGUGCCUGCCGCUCGGGGCAUUUCUUGCUGACGCUGGCCGGUCUGACUGUCUGCCAUCAAGAGCUGGAGCAGUGGGGAGAGGCCGAGGAGGCCUGCCAGCAGGCCCUGCAGCAGCUGGAGGGUCAGCAGAGCCACCCCCUCCUGGCUGCCCUCCUGCAGACCCACGUCCACCUGGCCUGGGUGCUGGGCAAGGACAAGCAGCAGGCGGAGACCCAUCUGCAGGAAUUGGGGGAGGGCAAACAGCCGACACCCCCUUUGAAGGAGCUGCUGCUCAAACAGACGCUGCCCUGAGGAGCUGCCAGGAAGUGGGGGCACCAGAUGAGAAGCAGAGGGGCAUCUGCGAGAGGCCAGCAGCAAGAGCCAGUGCCAUCUUCCUCUUGUGAGCUCUGCGUCUCUGCUUGCCCAGCAGCUGGAUGAAGCUGGCUGGCCCGUUCAGAAGAGGCUUCUGGGAUGCAGACCCACAAUCCCCCAAAUCCUUCCAAGAAAGUGAGGUGAUGACAAUGGCUGUGUUGUCACUGAGCAUCUGCAGGGCUGGCUGGCAGAGGGGCGGCAAAGGGCCCUCCUGAGAGGCUCCCCACAGGCUAUUCUCGCUCAAUUGGGGGAGACCAUUAGGCACUGCCGAAGGCGGGACUCUGGCCGCAGCCUGAGAAGUAGGCAGGGUCCCCCUUCAGGUGGAGCCACAGGAACGUCUUCCUUCCCUUCAGAAACCAGAGCUGCGUGGGAUGCUUUACUCCCUUUAUUAACUGUCAGGGAACAGAAGCCAGUCUCUAAUAAAUUAAUAUGCCCAAGGAAA